ACUCUAUGUCAUAGGGGCCCCAGCUGGCCUGGCCAGUAGCACCCAUGGGGCCUUCUCAGCUUGUCCGUGCCCCUCGGCCCCGGGGCUUAUGUUCCCCCUACCAAAGGCCAGGGAGGGGUUGUCCUCGGCCUCGAUUUCCUGGGAUGUUCAAGUGUAGCCGCAGAAGGUAUCGGCUGAAACCCCAACACCCAACUUCCACCACUGCAGCCACCAAUUUUGCCACCAUAGCCACAGAAAUCAACAACAGUCACACCAUCACAACCACCAGAGUGUGGAUCCUUCCACCUCAAGUUCUCAGACACCUCUGUCAACCUGGCAGCUUUCUGAUCCUCUAGAAAUGUCCAGACACUAGACCAGAAACUUGGCUGGCUCCAGACCUGCAUUUCCUAGGGGCCCUGGGUGGUUAACAGCAGACAAAUACAAUCAUUUCUGCUCCAA